GGAGCUUUCGUAUCGUAUCGUAUCAUCAUCCCAAUUCCGAAACCGGUCGUCGUGUCGUCGAGAGAGAUAGAGAGAGAAAGAGUCUUGAGAGAAUGGGGAGAGAAGUAGCGGAGAGCUGUGUAGACACUAUGUUGAUGGAGAUGGUGGCUAUGUUCAGUGGUAGAUUCUACGCUAACAAGCCGGAACUCGCCGCGAGGAGGAUCGAAGCCAUUGGUUAUCAGGUCGGCCACCAGCUCUCCGAGAGGUACACUAUGGAAAGACCAAGGUUCAGUGACCAUUUAGAGGCAAUCAAGUUUAUCUGCAAAGACUUCUGGUCUGAGGUCUUCAAGAAGCAGAUAGAUAAUUUAAAGACAAAUCACCGGGGUACUUUUGUAUUGCAAGACAACAAGUUCCGGUGGUUGUCUCGUGUCUCAAUUGACCCUUCAUCUGAGAAAGAAACCGAAGAUCCGUCGACUCCAGGGGAAAGCAAAGCAGCACAAGCGGUGAGCAUGUACCUGUAUUUCCCAUGCGGGAUCAUAAGAGGUGUCCUCUCCAACUUGGGGAUACCUUGUGCUGUCUCUGCAGACAUAUCAAGCCUUCCCACAUGCUCUUUCGUGAUUCGGGUCAAGGCUUGAUUCUGCAUUUAGCAGGAGUUCGUCGGCUUUAGAUUCCAGGUCGGCUUUAUACUUUCAAGGAAGAUAGAUUCUUCGGACCUGAUGUAACUAAAAAAAACUCUUUGCUGUUUUUUGUUGUUUUGAGACACAUUGGCCUUUUGGUAAGAAACAGUGCAAGGCGUAGUAAAAAAUCAUUUUUUUCCUUUUUAAUGUAAAUUUUUUUUAA